UUUCUUCAUGGAUUGGGAGAUACCGGGCAUGGAUGGUCAGAAGCGCUUGCAGGUAUCAAAAGCCCCCAUGUAAAAUACAUUUGCCCACAUGCGCCAGUUAUGCCAGUUUCUUUGAACAUGAACAUGGCUAUGCCAUCAUGGUUUGAUAUCAUUGGACUUUCUCCAGAUUCGCAGGAAGAUGAAGUUGGGAUCAAGCAGGCAGCGGAGAAUGUUAAAGCACUGAUAGAUCAAGAAGUAAAAAAUGGAAUUCCUUCUAAUAGAAUUAUUCUGGGAGGCUUUUCUCAGGGAGGUGCUUUAUCAUUGUAUACAGCUCUUACAACACAACAAAAAUUAGCAGGUGUUGUAGCCCUCAGCUGUUGGCUUCCUCUACGGGCUUCUUUUCCUCAGGGCCCUAUCAGUGGUGUCAACAAGGAGAUUGCUGUUCUUCAGUGCCAUGGGGACUGUGACCCAUUGGUUCCUUUAAUGUUCGGUUCUCUCACUGUUGAGAAGCUAAAGAGUAUGAUCAAUCCAGCCAACGUAACCUUCAGGACUUACUCUGGCAUGAUGCAUAGCUCAUGUAUUGAGGAGAUGAUGGAUGUAAAACAAUUCAUAGACAAACAUCUACCUCCUGUAGACUGAAACGAUAUGUGAGAAGCCUUCUAUAUAAAUACACCAGCAUCAACUGUGGUAGAGUGUUAAUCUUUUCAUAUGCCUGAUAGGAAGCAUUACUUCUAUACCUGCAGCGUUACUACUGUGUUGCGGAUUUAUACUUAGGAUGAGGAUUAAAUUAUACACGUGUACAAGAAAUGAUAACUUUUAGUAUUAUUCAUCCACUGGUGGGACUAUAUGAAUGAGGCAGCUAGGUAACAAUGACAGAAUGUAACCUAAGCAUACUGUUUUAAGAUGUCUGAUUUUUUUUUUGAUUGCAGAAUUUUAAACUAUUUGUACAAGUAAUUAAAAACUAAAUUUAAGCGAGCAACAUAAAUGUGACCAGUUUAGUUAUACUUGAGACAUGAUUUGUUCUUAAUACUCAUUGAAAACAUAUUAAAACAUUUCCUCUAUGUAAUGGAUGCAUAAAGUACACAACACGUAACAUAGUGAGCAUAUGAUGGUAGAAUAAAUGUUACCAAGGACAAAGCUUUAAAUAUUAAUUGUUAAUUGUUACUCCAGAUAAGGAGGGUUGUUCUAGAAUGGCUAGAAGUCAGCAAAGGUAUUUCUUAUAUUUAAACCACCUCAAUUUUUAACUGUUUUCAUACAGGUAGAUAUUGUGGAAAUUCUAAAGGGACUCAUUCCUUGUUAGACCAUCGUUUGUCGCUUAUUGGUUUGGUUUUUUUUUUAAUUACUAUAAACUCAUAUCAAAUGCUGACUUGGAACAGAAUUCUGAAGAAGUGCAUAGGAUUAAUUCGAGUUUCAUUAAAAAAUUCCUGUUUUCAUACUGAACAUUCAUCUUGUGCUUUAGUCUUUGUAGCUUUCAUUUGUGUAGAAAUGUUGAUAUGUUUCAUGUGAGCAAUUCCAGCAUAUAGUUUCUGUCUGCUUUGGAGAAACUAACUGAAAACAAUGCAGCUGUGUAGUUUCGUGUAUUGUUGAAAUCUCAUCUGUAACACAGAAAUUGACUAAUUUGAAUUUUUUUUUUAAUAGAAAUAUAAGUGCAAUUGGGAUAUAAUUUACUUGAACUUUAAAUUGAUACCAUCUAAUAAUUUAUUUUAUUGCCUGUUGAGAUUAUUUUUUUCUGAAAAAGAAGAAAAUUUUAUUUUCAAAUAUAUCAUUCUAAAUUUCCCUAGAUCAGUAUAGCCUAGGAAUAUGAAGAUCUACUAUAGGAAAAAAAAAAUCUACAAGAUACAGAAUGUCUGCUCUUUCAUUCUAGAAAGAAAAUUCUAGAACGCACUGAGUUACAGAAAUUGAUGCACACUCAAGAGCUUUUUGCAUAAGAGCCGUAAUUUACUUCUGGAAACAGCUGUUCUUCUGUAGAGUUCAGAGGCUGUCGCCACACUAGGAAUGUUUAAAAAAUACAUUAUAGUUUUUACUACAUAAUAUGCUGCAUAACAAUGUUCUAUACUAAUAAUAUGUUUGCAAGCAAAGAAUAUUCCUAUUUCGGAUGCAUCUGUCGUGUCAGCACUGUGCUUCAUACCUGCAUUUAAGGUACUUUCUCCUCUCCCAGCUUAAUCAAGUGGUCCUCUUACAGUGUAUAUGGAUUUACAUCCAAGUCAUCUGCCAGUACAAAUGCAUAAAUAGGGAAUUAUGCCUUUAUAUCCCUUAUUUAACACGGCUGCUGCCAGAAAUCUGACUUGUUCACCUAGUGUGAGUUCUCAGUUUUCAGUGCUUUUUUUCAUACCUAUUGCACUUCACUUUAGGAAGCUGUUUUUCUUUUCUAAUCCAGUUUCUCUGUGUUAUUAAACUUACCUUAAUAUGUAAAAUUGAAAAGGAGUUGUUUUCUAAAUGGUAUUGAAACACUUUUAGGUAUUCCAUCUGCGUAGUUGAGAGGGCAUGUCUAUUAACUUUGAAGUUUAAUUAGUCUUCUCUCUCAGUCACUCUGUUCUAUAGAUCUGCCAAUUUGUCUUUCAGUUAAUUUAGUUCACAAAAGAAACCAUAAUAUUCUUAUUGUAGUUGUGCCAAAGAUCUAUUGAGAAAACAGUGUGUCCUAGCUUGGAGUCAUUCCCAAAUUGCAUUAGCUAAUUUUGCAGUCCUGCUGAAUUGCAAACUUGGUAAGCAAAUUAUAUGUUAUUUCUCCUAGUUUUUAGAUUUAUCCUCAUUCCCCUGUUGUCUAAAUAAUUCCCUGAAUAUUGGCAUGUUUCCAAAGUUCUGCACAAGCUUCUAAUUCUUCCUUUAUUUUUUUCUUGUUCUGUUUGUAAAUUGUUUGAUAAUGCUGUUCAGCUGUCUUGUUCAACUUCUAAUUGACUCUGUGCUCAUUUCACAUAUUCUUUCUUCUGUUGGAAUGAGUUUAAAAAAUAUUUCCAAGAUGUUAAAAUGAGAUCAGUCUUAGCUUUAUUCUGUGUUAGCUUCAUAACACUUUCUUUGGUUUGGCGAACAGUGUUCACAGCUUGUGGGCAGUUUCUAGUGCUUAAGCAUUUUAAUCCAAGUCAGUUUCAACUGCUGUCUUCAUAAUGCUUUCAGAUGUUUUUCUAGAAAUGCUUUAUGUGCUAACUUUGUUCAAAUAUUCAGCUAUCAUAACAACAAGAUUUUCUUCAUACUGUUGUUUUGCUGCUUGCUUUACCUACAAAGAGCUGUGUUACCAAAGUGAAUGUAAGUAAAUGUUGUGACUUAUUUUGAAUUUCUGUAUUCUAUGAAGAAUUCUUCCCCUCAAGUUGUUUUUUUUUGCAGGGGUAUAUGAGUAUGUUGUAGUUGGGGGUUGUUAAAGAGCCUGGAAGCUAGAGGAAACUUCGAGGAUGUAUUUGAAGCCUAUCCUGUCUCCUCCCAUAUUACAGUGUGUAUCUUGAGCUCCUGUCUUCUGUAACUUCCCAGCUGGUUGGAAAGCUGUGUGUUUGAUCUUGUAGCGAACUUCAUCACUACCUGAAGUGAUUUGGUGCUGGGAUUGUUGUCAUAAUUGCAUGUAUUUUUAGGCUGAAUGAUAGCUCAGUCUGGUGUGGGGGUUUUCAUAAUAUUCUAUUAAAAUGGAGCAGUUGGACUGUCAGUCUUCUAAAUGUGAAUGUCCCAUUGAUACAAAAAUACCUUGCUUGCAGAUCAGUUUGUUUCAAUGGGUAUCUAACUCCUUAAUGCGUUUUUAAUUUCAAAAUGGUACUUAAAUUUGACUGCAGUUUUGUACAGUCAGAAGUCUGACUUCUUGUUGGAAUAUGUUGCCCACUUUUUAACAAACGUGUUGAAUUAUGUAUUAUAAGCCGAAUCUUCCAGCCAUUCUUGAAGUAAACCUGUACUGGGGUCUGUACUGUGGUGAGGGCUGUAUGAUUUGGUCUAUUCCUCCUAUCUUGUAUAAUUACAACACAGUGGAUUGGUAAAAGCACUGUACACUGUUACUGGUAUUGGAACUGUUAAUUAAAACAUGUUCUCUCUAAUGGAGUAUACUGCACUUCAUUGAAAUCAUUAGGAUGCAUCUUUUAUGUAGAGGUGCUAUUUGUGUUGAUGGAUGUGACUGAGAACAAACUGUAUAAGAUGUUAAUGAAGCCAUAUGUACAAGGCCUGUGUAUCUUAAAUUUUAUAAAGAAAUACUGAACACUUACUCUUUGUGUUAUGAAGUAUAAGCCAUUCAUAUUUAAUAUAAACAUCUAAGAUGUAAUUUACUUAGUUUACUCAUUCUAUUUAUGAUAAAAAAAUCUUAACUUUGGAAGUUAUUUCUGUAGUAAGGAAAAUGUAAAAUCUUUCCAUUUUUAUCAUUGUGAAAUAAAUUUCAAUCAGUGUUUGGGAAAGUACUACAGACUUUUUCCAUACUUACCUGAAAGAAGCUUUCAUGUGCAGUUGAAAUAGGCACUUUAGAGGCUUCUUGCAAAUGUAUUGCAUGGUAAUGUAUGCGUGAUGCUAUAAUA